UUCCGCCAGCCGCCGCCGUGGCCGCCCGGCGAUGAACGGCGGGGCCCUGCCGCCGCUGCCCCCCGCCGCCCCCCGCGGCCGCCGGCGGCCCGCCUCCCCCGAACUGCUACGCUGCAAGCGCCGCCUGGCCUUCGCCGCCCCGCUGCCGGGUACCGGCGCGGCGGCGGCGGCCGCUGUGGCCCGUCGUAACGAGCGGGAGCGCAACCGCGUCCGGCUAGUCAACCUGGGCUUCGCCGCCCUCCGCCAGCACGUCCCCCACGGCGCCGCCAGCAAGAAGAUGAGCAAGGUGGAGACCCUCCGCUCCGCCGUCGAGUACAUCCGCGCCUUGCAGCGGCUCCUCGACGAGCACGACGCCGCCGCCUUCCCCGACGCCCGCGGGCGGGCGGCCGUCGGGGAAGGCGGCGGCGGUUAUUCCUCCGCUUCGCCUUCCUUCGGCUCCUCCGUGCCCGGUUCGCCGUGCUCCUCCGAGGAGAGCGGCUACGACGCGGCGCUCAGCCCCGAGGAGCGGGAGCUGCUGGACUUCACCAGCUGGCUCGGGAGCUACUGACCCGGCGGGAGCCGCGCUCAGCCCGCAGUUACCUCAGCGCCCUCGCUCGCCGCAGCAGCCAGCAUCCCCCCCCCCCGCCAAAACGCUCACACAACCACCCCCCCCCCCACCCCGGCGGGACCCCACCGGCUGCUUUUCUCGCCGGGUUCACCCGUCGUCUUCGGGCUGUGGAAAGUGCAAUGGUGUAAACGACCGACGGGGCUCCGCUGCCUGCUCCGGGGCAGCGGCUCCAUCAGCCCGCCGGGAGCUGCCGACGGAGAGGAGGCCCCAGAGAGCCCGCAUCCCCUGCCACCGGCCGCUUUCUGGUGUUGCUUUGGGGGGGGGGGGGUGAGAAGAAACGAAAACCACUUGAUGCUUCCUUGUUUCUGGAGGGGGAGGGAAUUUUUUAUCAUGUCAGAUUCUAUUUUAUAUGUAACUUGAACUGCCUAUGGGAACACUGGUGUAUGAAGACUUAUUUUUGUAUGAAAAACCUUAGAGAAAAGGGGUGAGGAGAUGGUUCUAUUUUUAGCAAGUCCUAUUCCCUUGUUCUUGAACACUGCCAGCUAGAAUGUUUCAGGAGCAUACACGGUUUAGAUAAAAAGGUGGGUUUUUUUUCUCUCCAAACACUUUAGUAAAAGACUAUAAAGUUAUUUUGUGUCUUAACGUGGUGUCUGAGUUUGCCUGGUGUGAAGGUCCACUUCUCUGAAAACUGAAGUUUUUUUAGAAAAAAAAAAUGUAUUGAAGGCAUUUUUGUAUGCACUUGCUAGGAUUUCUUAAGUUGUACAUAUGCAGUUUUUAAAAGAGUAUCAUAUUUUAUGUAAAUUGACUUUAUAAAUAAAAAUCUAUU